GUCGAAUAUCAACCACAUACAUAAGUUAAUAACCUGUAAAAAAUAAAGACUUUAAUAACGGACGACACAUGUUGGGCUUGGGUCGGGGGAGGGGGCGUAACUCCUUUUCGUGUGUUACAUAAAAGAGUGCUUCACACGCUGGCUGACCUUCAUCCGUGCUGCUGUGAGCUGAUCCUGGAGCACUGACCGCCGUGAAGGCAGCAUAUACUAGCCUUAUUCAUCGAAAGCACAGACAGGCUGUACGCAAAGAUGGCGGCUUCCUUGCUGAGGAUGGGAAGACUGGGCUGUGUCAAGUGUUUGCGGACUGAGAGCUGGAUUACUCUGAGUAGAGCACCUGCGGCUGCAGCCCUAAGCACAAAAUCCGGAGGCUCCAAGAAGUCGUCAAAAAAGAACUCAGACAAAGACCAGGCUAAAACAUACUUUGAUGUUGAGAAACUUGUACAGCACAAGCCGUAUGAGUUUCCCAAGAAAGGAUCCUCCGCCUCUGCAGCCGCUGCAGCAGCAGCAGCAGCAAGACCAGUCGCUGAGCCCACACCCUCUGAUGCUGCAGCCCCAGUGGUUGAAGCCAUUCCCGUUUUUGAAGCGCCUCACACCGUUGAAGCAGUCUCCGAAACUGCCUCAGCAGUUGAAGCCAAACCAGUGGUUGAAGCAGUCACAGAAGCUGCAGCCAUUGUUGAGGCUGUUGCUGAAGCUGUACCAGUGGUUGAAGCUGUAGCUGUACCAGUGGUUGAAGCUGUACCAGUGGUUGAAGCUGUAGCUGUACCAGUGGUUGAAGCUGUACCAGUGGUUGAAGCUGUGGCUGUACCAGUGGUUGAAGCUGUACCAGUGGUUGAAGCUGUACCAGUGGUUGAAGCUGUACCAGUGGCUGAAGCUGUGGCUGUACCAGUGGCUGAAGCUGUACCAGUGGUUGAAGCUGUACCAGUGGUUGAAGCUGUGGUUGAACCAGUGGCUGAAGCUGUACCAGUGGUUGAAGCUGUGGCUGUACCAGUGGCUGAAGCUGUACCAGUGGUUGAAGCUGUGGCUGUACCAGUGGCUGAAGCUGUACCAGUGGUUGAAGUUGUAGCAUCUGUUGCUGAAGCUCCUGCAGCUGAAACUGCUCCCACAGUUAGUGAAGCUCUCGUUGAAGCUGCUCCUGAAGCCCCUGCUGAAGCUGAAGCUGCCCCUGCUGAAGCCCCCCUGCUGAAGCUGAAGCUGCCCCUGCUGAAGCUGAAGCUGCCCCUGUUGAAGCUGAAGCUGCCCCUGCUGAAGCUGCCCCUGCUGAAGCUGAAGCUGCCCCUGUUGAAGCUGCCCCUGCUGAAGCUGCCCCUGCUGCCUGUUGAAGCUGAAGCUGAAGCUGCCCCUGCUGAAGCUGAAGCUGCCCCUGCUGAAGCUGAAGCUGCCCCUGCUGAAGUUGAAGCUGCCCCUGCUGAAGCUGCUGCUGAGCCUGUCGUUGUGUCUGCUGAGACUGCAGCUGAAGUUUCUGCCCCAGUGGAGAGCACUGAGGAGCUGGUGGACCCCGCUCCAGUGGUCGCUGAAGCUGCAGGGGAGGAACUGCAGGCGGACGCCCCAGUUGAACCAGUUGAACCAUUUGAGGCUCAAAUGGACCCAAUCCAGAAGCUCUUCUUGGACUCCAUACGUGAAUACUCCACAAAAAGCCAGGCUACUGGGGGGCUAGUGGAUGCAGGGUCCGAGUAUGAAAAGGCCUUGGCAGAGGAGGUAGCAAAGCUUCAGAGACUCUAUGGUGGUGGAGACCUUGCAACUUUUCCAGAAUUCAAAUUCACAGAGCCCAAGUUGGAGGAAGUUGGCCAUAAGUGAACAUCAGCAAUUUGCAAAAAAACUUUUGUUACGUUGCCUUUUCCCUGUACAACUGUGACUGUCUGCUUGGAGUCAAAAUUAUAACAAACCAUUGCCUCUAGCUUUGUAUGUGAGAAUAGAGUUUACAUGGCUGUAGCUAGAUAUGUUAUGGGAAUGGAUGUACAUUUUUGGCAGACAAGUUUAUUUAGAGCUGUGAAUUAAGCUUUUGUGUAGAUCGAACCCUUUCUGAGCUGAAUGUGAAUUUAAACAAUAAAUUUUACUUCAUA